AAAGCCCUGCCUGGACCCGUGUGGGUGUGCGGGGGUGUUUACAGAAGUCUGCGUGUGCCACCUCUGCGGGGGGUGCCCGGGCCAGCAUGGCUGAGGAGAAGACUUUCCGCAUCGGCUUCAUUGUGCUGGGGCUCUUCCUCCUGGCCCUGGGCACCUUCCUCAUGAGUCACGACCGGCCCCAGGUCUACGGCACCUUCUACGCCAUGGGUGGUGCCAUGCUGAUCGGGGGCGUCGUCUGGAGCAUGUGCCAGUGCUACCCUAAGAUUGCCUUUGUGCCUGCCGACUCCGAAUUCCAGGGCAUCCUGCCCCCGAAGGCGCUGGAGCUGCUGGAGAAUAAGCUUGGCACGGAGAUGAAGAGCCUCCAGCCCACCUACGUCAGGCUAUGGGAGGACGCUGCCUACGACCAGAGCCUGCCUGACUUCAGCCACAUCCAGAUGAACGUCAUGCACUACAGUGAGGACCCCCGGCCCCUGCUGACCUCUGAGCAGGGGCUGCCGCAGCCCAGAGCCAGUGACGGAAGGGAAGACGGCCCUGUGGCUUCCCAGGCCUGGAUGGAGGCCGCUGUGGUCGUCCACCAGGGCUCGGACGAGGGAGAACCAAGUCCAGCUCAGAUCAAGUCCAGCCCCCAGGCCCCUCUCCAGGGCCCUGCCCCACUGGCCUCCUUCCCAGAGAGCCCGGACUUGGGCUCCAGCGAGGACAGCAGCCCCAGUCCAUCGCCACCCAACGGGGAGGAGCCUCACCCACCACUGGACCCCUGGGUCUGCAGAUGCCGGCUGGACCGCUUCCACGACUUUGCCCUAAUUGAUGCCCCAGUGUCCGGGGACAUGGCCCCUGAGGGGUCACAGCAGGAGGCUGUCUUGCCCAGCAGCUGGCAGGGCUGUCCCAGGAUGAAGGAGGAGGAGGCGUCGGACCCAGGCCACGAGGAGCUUCAGGAGGGAGAUGACUUGUACUACGGGCUGCCCGAUGGGCUGGGGGACCCCCUUCCAGACAAGGAGCUGGACUUUGAGCCUGAUACCCAGGACUGAGAUCACUCCGCUCCCUGGGGUCUAGCCUGGCUAGGCUGCUAACCUCAUGGGGUCUCAGUGCUCCUUGCUGCAAAAUGGGGUUGUUUGGAACUUCUGAGGAGAUGGGGACUGAGACCCCUUGAGAAAUGUGCUGGGAAGGGGAGAUUGCUAUCAGUCGGCCACGUUGGCUCCAAUUGUUCAUUUUUAUUAGCAAAGUGGGUUUGUUUGUUUUUUAACAUUUUAUUGUGAAUUUGGGGUAAAGGUUUACAGAGCCAGUCAGUUUUUCAUUCAACACAAUUCCAACACAGUUUGCUUCCUGGUCUUUGGCAGAACUGGGAAGGUAAACCAGGACUCACUGGGAAGACGGUCAGCAGCUCGGCCCCUCAGGGCUUUCUACACUUUCCCCCAUGCUGGGACCUGGCAGGGACCCUCCUUGGUGCUAUGUGGGGUCCCCCAAAGGCCUCUCCAGAUUCCCACAUCGUGCUGCAUCUUUUACUCUGUCCGGCAGAUGGGGCACUGCCUCUUGUCGGUCCUGCGCACUUCUUCCACCGCUUUCCCCUGGACGCAGAACUGACUUUGCCCCUAAUGCAUGUGCCCCUUGCGCUCUGCUCCCAAUGCCACGUCCUUGCCUGGCCCCACCCACGCUGCCCACCCGGGGCUGCUCCUCACAGGAGUCCUCUUCUCUGGACCUCACACCCACACCCCUGCAGCCUUUCCGCCUGCCUCCGGCUCAGGGAGUGUCCUAUGUACUCCCGUCCUGCCUCCCAUGCCCAGCUGGCACCCCUCCCCAGGGCUCCCAGCUCCCAGCCCUGGAUGUUUUUGGCACUCACACCUCCAAAGGCCAGGCCCAGCCCAAACCAACCUCCUGCACCCACAAGAAACCCCAAACACCCACUGCCACGGGUUCAAUCCUGACUCAUGGCGGCUCGAGGGUCUGUGAGACUGAAUCUUUCACGCGCAAACAAAACUGCCUCCUCUUUCUCCCACACGGCGAAUGGUGGGUUUGAACCGGGCACUUAGCAGCCCACUGCUUACCCAGCGACACGCGCCAUCUGGGCUCCACUCACACAGUAGGGAGCCGCAGAACAUUGAGACUUUAAGUGAGAGCGUGAUGGGGUUUUCCCAGGAAGGAGUCCCAGCCCCUGGUCUAUGGUUCAGGAUUGUUGGUGGAGGAGAGCUUCCUAAGCUUCCCUUUGACCCAUCCCGUCCCCUUCCCCCCCACCCCCUCGGGUGUGUAAGGGACAGAAAUAUGCCCUAGAACAGCUCCCCUUCCAGCAAGCUUGGGCGGCAUACAGAGCAGGGGCCAAGGUGGGAGAAGGGAGGGGACAGACACAUGUAGUAGGGCCAGCAGAGUCACAGGCUCGCAGACCCCCAGGGCAGCUGAAGAUGCUGCUGCAGGCAGCCCCACAGAGCAGGGGCUGGCGCUGUGGACAAAGGGGCCGCAGCACUCUCUCCCUGCUCCUGGACAUCGGGGACCCUCGCCUGGGCAGGGCCUCUGCUCAGGGGUGGUGGUGGGGCUCUGGCCCGGGAAAGGGAAGCCCCUCUGUGCACCCUCUUUUUUGGGACUGUUUUACCUCCAGCAUGAAAGCCUCGUCAUGAAGGCUGCCACGGGGCAUGUCCCCUCUGCUGUGGUGAUCAGUGUCCCU